AUGGGUUCAAGUAGCUUGCCCUCUCCUCCUGCAGAGGAUCACAAGUCGACUCUCUCACGAAAGAGCACAUCAAGUGCCAAGUCGGUCAAGCCUGUCCACCGCGCCUCCAAACGAGCCAGCUCCAGUGCCGCUGCCAUUCACCACCACGACCAUGUCACACAUACCACUGGCAUGGACGGUCGACAUAAGCGUUGCGACGGUGAAUUCCCCUGCAAGCGAUGCAAGGAUGACGGUUUGGUAUGCACCGCCGGUGUUAGAAAGAAGAUGGAAUACAAGCAACUGCCUCGAGGAUACGCCGAAGUGCUCGAGAACACCCAAUUCGCCCUCAUCGCCACUGUCCACAAGCUUUACUCCAUGGUCCGGAAUAACCAGCCCUGGGAGCUGGGUGAGCCCGAGCUCAACGACCGCGGGCAGCCCGUGAUCCACAACAUCGCUCAGAAGCUUGGCUGCAUCCGACCCAAUAGCGACAUCGACCUCCCCGUGCACUCAGUAUUCCCCGAAGACGAGGCCGGUAUGGCUGAGCUGGCACGGCAACUUGAAGACCAGCAGAAGGAGCAGGAGCCCCAGAAGGAGGUCAAGGACACAGACUCUUCAGUAUGCAACCGAACAGAACGAGCAUCAUCGUCCGAACUCGACCACUCCGACUUUGAGCACGACUACCGAAAGGCGGCCUUUGGCAACAGCAAUGCCAUGACUCUCUCACCGCAGAGCUUCACUGGCAGUGCCGACUUCGACUUUGCACCCCCGCCUCCCGAGAUCGACGCUUCAGCCAUGUUUCCCUCUCAAUCUCCUUCUAUGUCGAGCUUCCCUGCUUGGUCAAUGGCCAAGCCGCAACCCAGCGACCUGACGAUGCAAUUCCUCCAGCAGCAGCAAAACGGAAUGAUGGCCAACAUGGACCUGCUCAAUCAGGGCCUUGUCGAGUCGGAAUUUGGAACCAUCAAGCCCCACGUCCUAUCGUGUCCCAACCCCGAGGUGAUGAUGGGCAUGGGCGAUCCCAUGAUCUAUUCAGGCUACGACGGCGAACCGAUGCGACUAUGA